AUGUCAUGGGGCAUGACCCCAUCUAUAAACCUAUGUAAAUUCUCCUAUGUCUCAUUACCCAGUGAAAGUAAGGAAGAAAUGGACGAGAUAGCAGUGGUUCUCAAAAGAUUUGGAGAUGAGCAAAGCACAUUGUUAGACCAGUUCGAGAGACUCUCCUUUGAGGUGCAGCUUAACCAAGCCAUAUUAGGAAGGAGCCUUUCUGAGCCAGGUGCAUCGCGGUCUCGGCUCAAGGCACCAGUAACUGGGCAGGCUCCAGCACCAUUGGCAACACAGGUGAAACAAGGAUGCCGUCGUCGUCGUCGUGGGUAUGGUUUUGACAAGCUCUUGAAGAAGUUGCUCAAGCCUAUUCUUGGUAGAAAGGCUAAAGGUGGCAGUGGUGCUGCUAAAAAGGAAGGCAUGGAGCCAAAUCCUCAAGAUCCCAAAUCUUGGAAGGCUUUUACUGAUGACGGAUUUAGAUCAGUUGCAGAUGGAACAACAUCCGACUCCAGUUAG